CUUAUGACAAUAUGGAUGACUGAAAGUUACACAAUAUUUUCUGAAUCAUUAAAAGACUCUUGUGGAAACAUCUGAAACUCACAGCAAUGUCAUCCUCCAGUGGUCCACUGUCUGAGGAGCUUCAGUGCUCUAUAUGUCUGGACGUGUUCACUGAUCCAGUCACUGCUCCAUGUGGACAUAACUUCUGCAAGACCUGUCUGAAUAAGCACUGGGACAACAGCCAGACCUGCAGCUGUCCUUACUGUAAAGAAACCUUCAGCCAAAGACCUGAUCUCAAGAUUAAUAUCACACUCCGAGAGGUUGCUGAUCACUAUAAGAAGAAAAGUCCUGAAGAAAAAAAUGAAGUUCGGUGUGACAUCUGUGAGGAAGGAAAGCUGAAAGCCCUGAAGUCAUGUCUGGUGUGUCAGAGCUCUUACUGUGAAACUCACCUGGAGCCUCAUUUGAAAGUGGCAGGUUUAAAGAAACACAAACUGAUGAAUCCUGUGAGUAAUCUGGAGGACUAUAUAUGCCAGAAACAUGAGAGGCCUCUGGAGCUUUUCUGUAGAGAGGAUCGGACAUGUGUGUGUCCCAUGUGUGCUCUGACAGACCACAAGAACCACAGCACUGUUCCUCUAGAAAAGGAGAGUGAAGAGCAGAAGAUGAAGAUUCAAAAUGAAGUACAGCAGAUGAUCCAGGAGAGAACCAAGAAGAUUCAAGACAUCAAACACUCAGCGGAAGUCAGAAAAAGAAACACAGAGAUGGAGAAAGCAGCUCGUGUUGAGUUCUUCACUGAUCUCAUCCGCUCCAUUGAGAGAUGUCAGACUGAACUGCUGGAGACGGUGGACGAGCAGCAGAAAGCAGCAGGGAAACAGGAGGAAGAGCUCAUUGAAGAGCUGGAGCAGGAGGUCAGUGAGCUAAAGAUGAAGAGCACUGAGCUGGAGCAGCUCUCACACACUGAAGAUCACCUCCACCUCCUGCAGAUUUACUCGUCCCUGUGCAGCCCUAAAAACACCAGGAACUGGCCUGAGAUCAGAAUGGAGACUAGUGAGAGUCUGGAGACUCUGAGGAGAGCUCUGACUCAGCUGCAGGACACUAUAGAUGAGAAACUCACACAGACUGUCUCUACAGAGUUGAAGUGGAUGCAGCAGUAUGCAGUGGAUGUGACUCUGGAUCCUGAUACAGCUCAUACUGAUCUCAUCCUGUCUUAUGAUGGAAAACAAGUGAGAAAUGGAGACAUUAAACAAAAGCUCCCAUAUAGCCCAAAGAGGUUUACUUACUGUUCAAAUGUCUUGGCAGAGGAGGGAUUCUCCUCAGGGAAGUUUUAUUAUGAGGUGCAGGUGAAGGGGAAGACUGAAUGGGAAUUAGGAGUGGCCAGAGAAUCCAUUAAAAGGAAGGGAAAUAUCACACUGAGUCCUGAGGAUGGAUUUUGGACUGUGUGGCUGAGAAAUAAGAAUCAGUAUGCAGCUCUCUCUUAUCCCACUGUCCCUCUGUCUCUAAGAGUGAGACCGCAGCGCAUCGGUGUGUUUGUGGAUUAUGAGAAGGGACUGGUCUCCUUUUAUGAUGUGGAGUCCAGCUCACUUAUCUACUCUUUUACUGGUCAGUGUUUCACUGGCAAACUCUAUCCAUAUUUUGGUCCAUCCUUGAGAUAUAAUGGUAGAAACUCAGCCCCUCUGAUCAUCACACCUGUCAAUUACAAUCAAUGAAUUUGUGUGUCAUUUUUAGCCAGAUGAAAAUGGCCAGUUGUGGGCACUUAAAUGCUUUGGUGAUGCAGCAUUUAGCUUGAGUGAAAUGUUCUUCCGAGCAUUAUUUUUCAUAGCAAUAAUGAGAUGUCAUCUGGUACAGACAUGGAUACCUAUUUACUUCUUCUGUUGUGCAAUCAGUGAUAUUUCUCCCACCUUUCCUCGACUGUGAUUGGGUGGCUGGAUUAAAAAAAAGUGACAGUGAUGUGUGUUGUGUUUUUACACAAUUCUUUCAACUCUCAGCCAGAAAAAAACCUACCAAAAAACAUCACUGCCUGAACAUGCUGCAGCCAUUUACAAAUACGUGGCGGUCCACAGGACUUUUGCUGUCAAAUAAACACAAAUUUACUACAAUAAAUAUAAGAUAAUGCAUAUAAUGCAUAUAGAGUAUAACAUAAAUUCGUACAUAGCCCUGGCAAAAUCUCAUUAUGCCCAUGGAUGCAUUUGUAUAAAUGAAAUAAUUUAACAUGUUAAUUGCAAUUAGCUUGAUCAAGAUUUUACUUAAUUUAAAUAAAUACAAAUAUAUUUAUGAUAUAUUUACUUUUAUGAUUAAUGAUAAACCAAAACCAUCUGAGCAAAACUGUAUAAUCCUAUAUGAUUAUGCAUAAUUAUAAGGGGGAAAUAAAAUGUUGCAUACAGAAAAUAAAAAUGAAGACCUGGAAUUCUGACAUUGUUUCCAUGACAGAUUACCACUUAAUUCUCAUUACCAUACAGCAGUAUCUUUAAUUAGAAAUACAUCUACUGUUUUACAAUAUAUCACAAUUAAAUGUUCACAUUACAAAGGAUAACAACCGGGUCACAAUACAAAAUCUUUUUGGUCUUAAAAAUGACUUUCUUUUUAUUGAGAUUACAACACAAACUUGAACCGCUGAUGAAAAAAAAGAAAUGAUUAUAUGUUUUAAUAAUAGGCUUUUGCCCUGUGAGGGUUUGCAUUACAAUUACAAUUAUUUAGCAAAAGCACUUGUAAUUUAAAUUGAUCAUAUAUUUGAAGUGCAUUAAUCCAUGUAUAAUUUUUAUAUAUAU